AUGGUGUUCAUCAGUGAAGGAAAUGGUGGUGGGCGACGGGAGGGAACUCUUCCUAGUGGGCUAGACAUAGCUGUGAAAAGGCUAUCGAAAGGAUCGGGACAAGGUGCAUUGGAGUUCAAGAAUGAGGUUUUAUUGCUAGCGAAGCUUCAACACAGAAACCUCGUCAGACUUUUGGGAUUUUGCAUUGAUGCUGAGGAGAAGAUCUUGAUAUAUGAAUAUGUUGCAAACCAUAGUCUUGACUUCUUUCUAUUCGAUCCUACAAAACAAGUUAAACUGGACUGGUCAACGCGCUACAAAAUAAUCAAAGGAAUCGCUAGAGGGAUGUUGUACCUACAUGAAGACUCUAGGUUAAGAAUUAUUCAUCGGGAUCUAAAAACCAGCAACAUAUUGUUAGAUGAAGAAAUGAAUCCCAAAAUUUCCGAUUUUGGCAUGGCAAGAAUUGUUUGUGGAAGUCAAACACAAGGGAUGACAAAUAGAAUUGUUGGAACUUUUGGGUACAUGUCACCGGAGUAUGCAAUGCAUGGUCACUUCUCAGUGAAGUCUGAUGUUUUUAGUUUAGGCGUAGUGCUUCUAGAGAUCAUUAGCGGAAAGAAAAAUACUAGGGUCUCUCAACCUGGUUACGCAGACCUUCUAUGCCAUGCAUGGACUAUGUGGACGAACGGAGAACCAUUCAAGAUACUUGACUCAAAUCUAGUGGAUUCUAUCUCAGAUAAUGAAGCCUUACGUUGUAUCAAUAUCGCCUUAUUAUGUGUUCAACAAGAUGAUGAAUUACGACCAUUAAUGGAUUCGGUAGUCCUAAUGCUCAAUAGUUAUUCUAUUCCACUACCUGUGCCAGAAAAUCCUCCUCUUGUAUCUCGGAGAGGGGUUUCAUAUACACCAUCAGAGCAAGUGAUGUCACAAACUGUUUGGCCGGCUGAUGCUUCGCUUAUUACGAAUGUACAUCCUCGAUGAAUAGAGCCAUUAAACUAUUAUAACUAAGUUUAAAC